UAUGUAUCGACCACGUUCUAGGUCUCCGACAAGUUUGACAUCUCCUGGCCGCCCCUCACCCAUCCCCUGACCGAGGAGGCGGUGUCAGACCAACGAAUGCUCCACGACCGACCCCCACCAGCUUCCAAUUGCCCCUCCAUUGGACCAUUAUCACCACUGGCACUGCCUUGAGCCUCAUCUGCACCUGUUUACUUUCCACCAGGAGAUUCCACUAUCUUUCAGAACCGAACCGUUUGGCUUGCGCACAGAUCCCCCAACCACCAAUUUCCACCAUGGCCUCCAACCCCCAACACGAAGAUGAUACGAUGCCCGAGGAGACGCAGGGCUACAAGCUCUCCCAGCCAAAGCAGAGCUUGGCCGAGUACCAGCAAAUGGACGCCGGCGACGAGUCCCUCCAGCGUUACAAGGAAUCUCUCGGUCUUGGUGGUGGCAAGGACAUCUCCGACCCCAACGAUCCCCGUGUCUGCAUCAUCCAGUCUCUUACCCUCGACGCCCCCGGCCGCGACCCCGUCACCAUCGACCUGUCAGCCCCUGGCAGCGAGGCCACCCUCAAGGACAAGCCCUUCAAGAUCAAGGAGGGUUCCAAGUUCACCAUGAGCGCAAAGUUCAAGGUUCAGCACGAGAUUCUGAGCGGCUUGACCUACGUCCAGGUUGUCAAGAGGAAGGGCAUCAAGGUGUCGAAGGACUCGGAGAUGAUUGGGAGCUACGCGCCCAACACGGAUAAGCAAACCACAUACACCAAGAAAUUCCAGGAGGAGGAAGCGCCCUCUGGCAUGCUCGCGCGUGGCCACUAUAAUGCCAUUUCUAGCUUUGUCGACGACGACAAGAAGACGCAUCUCCAGUUCGAGUGGAGCUUUGACAUUGCUAAGGACUGGUAGAGUCUUGAAGGGAAAACAUAUCCGUAUGAUGAGUAACGACUGUAUGGUGGCGUGAACCGAUUGCGGGUGGCAGCGUUCUUUUUGUGAAUUGCACUUUAUAUCCUAAGUCAAGCCAGAAUGAAGCAGCAACAGUCCCUUUUGCUAUGCUGUACAAGUCUAUCGCUCUGUCAAAAACCGCCAGGCCGUUCAAUAUCGCCUCUGUGUCAUGCAUCGUCGUGAUACUGCGUCGCUAUGUUCUAUAGAAAAUAGUCGGGUAGUGC